AUGGCACAAUUAUCACAAGAUGAACCACAACUCAACCCAACUACACCUCUCCACCUCCACGCCGAACUCCUCCCCAACAUCCGCCAACUAACCCUCUACAUCUCAGCUCCCCCAAACACCCCCCGCUCUGACCUCCAAAUCACUCUCUCAGACUCGCGCCGCGCAGUCACCGUAACAGUCCCCUCCAACACCAACCAAGAUGACCUUUCCUCAACCUCAGAAACAAUCAAACUCCCCGCGCGCGUCAGCGAAUCCUCCCGACGCAUCCUCCAACAACAGCCACCUUCCACACAAGGCGGAAGUGAAUACUCCUUCCGCAUGCAAGUAGACGAUAAUGACACGUCCCUGCACAAGGAUGAAACAACCCUAAAUGACGGGUUCAUUCCCUGGACAGCGACGGACAUGUCCGCGCAUACACACCUGCGGUGCGUCAAGUGCCAUAACCCCAUCCUUAAUGAGGGGAAAUUGUGGAAAGACCUUCCGAGCGGGAAUUGGGCUGAGAUGAUGGAUUUCUGGCAUUGUCAUAAGCCAGAUCCGCCAGAGGAGGAGAAAAACAAAGAUGGAGAAGAUCCUAAUGCGGUGGUGAAGGGGUAUGGGGCUGGUAAUCAGCUUGUUGCGGUGGAGGGAACGGUGUUGGUGGAUGUUACGAGCUUUUUGGUGAAGGGGGUGGAUUGUCUCGACUCAACACCAACCCAGCCAGACACAAACACAGCACCAGAAACAACAGCAACAAUCCUAACCUGCACAACCUGCACCACCCAACUCGGCCUCCCCGACCCCAUCGCCAACGGCUACCGACUCUUCAAAACCAGCCUAUCGGCCAACCACUCGCCCAACCCUUCAUCCUCAUCCUCCCAACUCAACCCUCCAGAGGAGUCCUGGGAAUCCCACCCCCCGGAAACAAUCCUCACCGCACAACUCCUCGAACUCAUCGAACGCGAAAGCUACCGCCGAUUCGUCAUCCACUGCGGAGCUAAAGACGGACUUCUCAUAUGGCCCUUCAACCCCUCCCUCCGAUACUCCACUACCAGCGCAUCGCACAGCACGGCGGCACAACUCGCCAUGAAGGUAUUCUACCAGCAUAUUGAUAAUGUCGAGGAGGUGUUGCAUCCCGAGGCGGGGAAGGGGAAUCAAUCGUUGGCUAUUGAGGAGGUGAGGCUGCCCGGGGAGGAUGCGUAUAGGGAGUUGGUGGAAGUGUUGGAGGAGAGGAAUCGCAUGUUGCCCGCUUCGGCGAGGGUGUUUAGGGAGUGGAGGGUUGGGUUGUUGUGGAGGUUUGAGAGGAGGUAA